AUGGCGAGGUUGCGUCGCGUGCGGCCGCGCAGGGCCAGCGAAGAGGACCGCCUCAGCGCGCUCCCCGACAGGCUGAUCCGCCGCAUACUCAGCAAGCUGGACACCCGCAGCGCGCUCUCCACGGCCGUCCUCGCCAGGCGCUGGGCGCUUGUCCCCCGCGACCUUCCGGCGUACGACUUCAGGGUCAGCGACGUACUCCCGCCGCAGUACGACCGGACCGUCGCCCUCCGCCGUCGCAACCUGCCGCGCGACGCGGCCCUGGCCAGGGUCCUCGACGGCCUCAUGGCCAGCUGCGAGGUCUCCACCAUGCGGGCGUUCGUGGACGGCAUCACCGGCUUCUUGGACGCGGACGGCGGCGCCGCACGCCGGUGUGUCAAGACACUCCGUCUCGAGUUCUUCCAGACACACGACGGCGGCUGCAUAGCAGACCGCCUCAUUGCCGACGCGGUCGACCGUUGGGGAGUCGAAGACCUGGAGGUGGUCGUCAGGCCAGCGUCCCACGCGCCCGCGCCGGCCUACAGCUUCCCCCACGGCCGUUUCAAGGACGGCGGCAGGUCGCGCCUCCGCAGCCUGACGCUGGGCAACUGCACGGUCCCGCCGAAGCUGCACUGCUACGACGCGCUCACCACGCUGGUCCUGCGAGACAUGCCCGCUUCCACGCCCGUCGCCGUGUACGAGAGGGUCUUGAGCGAGUGCAAGCGGCUGCAGGUGCUGCACCUCACGUCCUGCCGCUGCGCCGAGGACCGUCUGGUGGUUUGCUCAGGCAUCAGGGAGCUCGUCGUGGACGCGUGCUCCUUCAUGGUGAUCGAGCUGCGGGACCUCCCGAUGCUUGCCCGCCUGGCCUGCCUAACCAACACCGUGGAGCUCGUGUUCGGCUCGGUUCCGUGCCUCACGCACACUAACCUCUCCUUCUCCGUAGAGGAGGAUACGUUGGUUCUGCCGCCCCGGCCGCACCACCACGAUGAGCUCAACCAUUUCCUGGGUACGUCGCCAACCAUGGCGAACCUCGUCAUCCGGUUCACCGGCUCCAAGAGAUGGAUUGGAUCCGAGGAACUAGACAAGCCUUUGGUCCACCUGAAAAGGCUCCUUAUCGCCGACCUGCCUUCCAACUGGGACGUCUCAUGGACGCACACCUUCCUGGUGGAGGCGCCAUCGCUCGAGGUCCUGCACAUCCAUGUGGCUCACUCGGAGGAGGUUCCAGAGUCGUUCGGGAUAAUAUGGUCGACGGCGAGCCCUACACAAUGCCACCCUCACAUGAAGGAGCUGGUCUUGAUCGGAUUUACGCUCACCCGACGCCAAAUGCAGCUUUUGAAGUACCUCGUGAGCACUUGCACGUCCUUGCAACGCCUUGUUCUUCUCAAGGAUGGCUAUGUUCGAUACGACAGACUCUGGGAUUGGGACAUGGUCGGGGGACAACAAGAAUGCCAGUGGACAGAUCAUGAUAAAAGGGCCUUGAGAAGGAUGAUCAAGUCUGGGCCCAGGCCUCUCCUUCAACUCAUCUUGGCGUGA